UUCAAACAGCUGCAUCUAUAAACCGUGCUAUGGCUGUGCAAUGAGUGGAAAUUGCUAUAAAAUCAGUUUCCUACUAUCUGCUCCAACCACAUAUAAUUGUUUAGCACUAGAGAGACCACAAUGAAGCUUUAUUCUGGAUAUCGAUUGAUGGUACUGGUGGUGGUGAUAGUUUGCAGCCUGCUGUUCUUCAUUGCCCCAACAGGAGCUGAUCCACUUCCGGGCGAAACCCAACGAACCCUGGGUUACAGGGGAAAUGACAAAAGAGCGACCCCACCGAUGCACUCGCUUGGCUCGGGUGCCAGGAUGGCAAUGACCGGAGGGGGCAUCCUUGGUGGCAUAUUUUCCGCUCUUUAAGUAAAAACACACACACACACAUACACUUGAAAACAAAAUGUACACUGGAAGAUUGAGAGCGAACGAGCUGAUUGAAGAACAAAUAAAGCUACGUAUUGGGUGUUUUAGA